AGCCACCAUGCCCCAUCUGAAAAGUCAAAACAAACAAAGAAACAAAAAACAUCACAAUUAUUUUUAACUACUAUGUCAUGAUUUCUUUUUUCUUUUUCUUUUCUUUUUUUUUUUCAGGAGUACCCCAAGAUUUGCAUAGCCUUAGCAUUUCGUUCCCUUUUUUUCCUUAAGGUUGACUGUAUCCUAGUUCUUCUCUGUUUUCGUCCUUUUCACUCGUUUUCCCCAUCCUCUCCUCUGCCUCUCUCCUCUCUCCCAGCCUGGCAGGUGCAGUCAGAAAAGUCUAGCUCGGACUGUCCCAGCCUUUCAUCACAACACACAUUGGCUCCGCCCUUGGGGGUGGUGGUGGGGGGCAGAGUAAACCCCGCCCCCAUCUCCCACAGAUUGAGAGAGAGAGAGAGAGAGAGAGAGAGAGACUGGUGCUGGGUGAGCGCGAGCGCAGACAGAGACCGGCUGCACAUCAACAGGAGACUCAGACAGUGCGCACACACACUUUCACACACACACACACACAUCACACGCACGCGCACACAUAUACGCGCGCUAGAAAUAAUCAUCAGAGCACUCAAGAAGAAGAAGAAGAAGAAAAGAAGAAGAAGACAGAAAGUCAUUUCUUCAUACAGAGGAUUCAGCAAGAAGACGCACGAGACGCGAGAAGUUCCCGUCUGUCUGUCACUGCGCCCCAGACUCUCAGAGGUCACCGACACCUGCUCGUGCGCACCGGGUCCGAGAUGAUGGUGCUGAUCCUGCUGCUCUUUUGGCUCUCUGUUCACGGAGCACUUGCUGUGUUUUCUCAGCAGCCACAGGACUUGGUGGUAGUGGCUGGGCAACUAGUCACUCUUCCAUGCUCCAUUCCUGGCUACCAUGGUGUUGUGCUGUGGAUCAAAGAUGGCCUGGCUUUGGGUGUGGGACGAGACCUAGCAGGUUAUCCUCGCUACACUGUAAUUGGAGAUCACAGUUCUGGGGAGCACCACCUGAGGAUCCAGAGGGUUGAGCUAGCAGAUGAGGCUGUGUUUGAGUGCCAGGCCAUCCAGGCUGCCAUGAGGUCUCGACCUGCUCGACUCACAGUUUUCGUUCCACCAGAUAACCCAGUUAUUGAUGGAGGCCCUGUGGUGAGCCUGAGAGCUGGAGACCCUCUCAACCUGACGUGUCAUGCUGACAAUGCCAAGCCUGCCGCCUCAAUCUUCUGGAUUCGAAAUGGGGAGGUGCUAAAUGGAGCCAUGUACUCUAAGACCCUUCUUCGAGAUGGCAGGAAGGAGAGUACAGUCAGCACUCUGUACCUUUCACCAUCCAACAUCGAGACGGGACAGACCAUCAUCUGCCGUGCGUCGAACAAAGCGGUCCCCAAUGGCAAGGAGAGCAGCGUUACUAUUGACAUCCAGCACUUACCAUUGGUGAACCUCUCUGUUGAACCCCAGCCAGUGUUGGAAGGAAACCUGGUGAAGUUCCACUGCUCUGCUAAAGCCAAUCCACCGGUCACACAGUACAGGUGGGCCAAAGGAGGUCAUGUGAUCAAAGAAGUAUCAGGAGACGCCUAUGAAGUCGUAGUGGACCACUCCUUCUUCACAGACGCCGUUUCUUGUGAGGUCACCAACCCUCUCGGGAGUACAAAUAUCAGCCGCAACGUGGACGUCUACUUCGGACCUCGUAUGGCUGCAGAGCCACAGUCCCUGCAGGUGGAUCUGGGCUCAGAUGCCGUGUUUAAUUGUGCAUGGACAGGAAACCCAUCACUCACGAUUGUGUGGAUGAAGAGGGGGUCUGGAGUGGUGCUGAGCAACGAAAACAUCCUGACUUUAAAAGCAGUGAGGCAGGAGGACGCUGGGAAAUAUGUAUGCCGUGCUGUGGUGCCGCGAGUAGGGGCUGGAGAGAAGGAGGUUGCACUUACAGUGAACGGGCCUCCGACUAUCUCCAGCACCCAAACGCACCAGGCUCCUCAUGGAGAGAAGGGCCAGAUCAAGUGCUUCAUCCGCAGCACGCCUCCUCCCGACCGCAUCGCCUGGUCAUGGAAGGAGACAGUCCUGGAGUCAGGUACAUCCGGCCGCUACACAGUCGAGACGGUGAGCACCGAGGACGGUGUGCUGUCCACCCUGACCAUGAGCAACAUCGUCCCUGCUGACUUCCAGACCAUCUACAACUGCACGGCCUGGAACAGCUUCGGCUCGGACACCGAAAUCAUCCGCCUCAAGGAACAAGGUGGGAGCCAAGGCGGCUAUCAUUUGUUGUCCGCAGAGUCUCUGCCUGUGGCUGUGAUUAUCGGCGUGGCAGUGGGAGCUUUCGUCGCCUUCAUCGUCCUCAUCGGCACCAUUGGGGCCUUCUGCUGCACACGCUCUCAGAGAAACCUGAAAGGUGUCGUCUCAACCAAGAACGAUAUCCGAGUGGAGAUUGUGCACAAAGACCACAAUGCUGCACGGGAAAAUGAGGACCAUGCCGCCAUGAAGCAGCUGAUGAUUGAACGGGGAGAAUUCCAGCAGGAGUCUGUUCUUAAGCAGCUGGAGGUCCUGCAGGAGGAGGAGAAAGAAUACCAGCACAUCAAGGAUCCCACCAACGGCUACUACAGCGUGAACACCUUCAAGGAGCACCACGGGACCCCCACCAUCACGCUAGCUGGCACCCACAACAACACUGAACUGCGGCGUGAAACCUCCACGGGCAAGCAGCGAGUUCCCACAGGCAUGUCCUUCACCAACAUCUACUCAACCAUUGGUGGUGCGCCCAACCCUCGUUUGUAUGAGUACGGCGGGCGCUUUGUCCUGGGCACAGGCAGCAGCUCCAUCGAGCUGUGCGAGCGUGAGCUGCAGCAGCGUGCCUCCCUCAGCGAUUCGGGUUCCUUCAUGGACACGCAGUGCGACAGCAGUGCCAGCAGCUAUGCGCACUUUGACAAGGACAGCAAGGCCUCGGCGUCAUCCUCAUCACACCACUCACACUCGUCCUCGCAGAAUUCGGACCUGACGCGACCCCUGCAGAAGCGCAUGCAGACUCAUGUGUGAUGACGUCUGCAAAUGAUGUCAGCAAGCAGAUCAAGCACACAAGCUCUCUUUUUCUUACUCUUUUUCUCUCUGUAAUGUCAUCAUAAGAACCUCGUAUAACGCAGCUUGGGAAAAGUCUUUGUGGUCACAGAUCCAAAUGCAGACAAGUCAAAAAACCUUGAACUGAAAAGGAGCACCUUCAGUGUAGUACUAGUGAGAAACAUCUCAGCUACUGUACAGAAUGCCGAAACAGGAUGAAACCAUGCUGACAAAAAAAUGACAAAACACAUGCAAUGUGUGGACAAGCAGAUCAUAAAAGAAUGGAGGUCUACAGAACAUGAACAGACUCUACAGUGCUGUUGACACCUCCAGUCCAUGAUACUUUUGGCAGCAUCAGAAAGACAUCAUCCUGAUUCUCUUGUCUUCUCUUGCUCUCUUGUACAGUAGACCUGUCUAAGUGAGUGUGUAUUAUUUGACAGUAACUCUUUUUUCCCUUUCCCCACAGCUAUGAAUUUUACUUCUGUGUGGAUGGAAACUUAUAAAAAAAAAAAAAGAAAGAAACAAAAAAAAAAAAACGAGUUUGCCAACAGGCUUAAUCAUUGUCAGUCGAUAUAGUUGGAUUCCAGUCCUCCUGGAUCCCAGAGAUAUAUAGCUCUCGGACAUUCUGAGAAUAUCUGUACAUUAUUCUUUUUUUUAAUUAUUAUUAUUAUUUCCUUGCUGUCUUUUGUCAGUCCGUAUAUUUUCUUCUCUCUUUCUCAAUUGUUGACUUUGCUAACCUUAACGAGGACUUACAAAUGGAUGAUUUGAUCUUUUCUAACUAAGAUUAUUUGAAAUGCACAGGAUGUUUUGGCCAUAAAGUGGGAACAAUGCGAAUUUGUUCGCCACUCUGUUCAUGAAAGAAUGCUCAGACCGUGUGUGAGGUGACACGGAUUUGGUCCUCAUACAAACCAGUGACACGAUUUAAAUGCUAAUUACCUUUCUGUGGCUUUUAAGUCUUAGUAUAUAGUCACAUUGUUUACACUGACUGAAUGAGAUUGACGGAUGAAAACCCCCGGACGGAAGGAAAACAUUCCAUCUGCUCUCCACAGCCUCCAGACUGCAUUGCAGUACACCUGAUCACUGUUUUAAGUGAACUGUCUGCACACUGAGAUGUACCAUUGAGACUCUGAUUUCAUUCGAAAUUUGUUUGUACGAUGUUUGCUCCUUUUUUUUUUUCUUCAGUUGAGAGCACUUAAAGUUCCUUCUGAUUACCCAAACAAGCACCUGUAUGGAUACACUGUACAAAAAAAGAGCCAAAAGCUGAGCAGGAAGUUGUACAGAGCUGCACAAUGCAUGAUGCAUGCCAGGUGCAGACUGAGGCAAGCAGGUGCUGUUUGGUACGAUUACAACCUCAUCUACAUGAUAUGUAUAUGUAUUACACACACUGUUUUGCCUGCAAGGUUUGAGUGGAGGAAAUUCCAGGUUUCUGAUAAGGCAAGGACACCAGAUAAGGAUACACAGGAUACCAGGCUUCGCUUUUUGUCAGCCGGCUCAACUUGCGUACAGUGUGAGAACUGAGAUUAAACAUGACAUAAAGUGAUAGCUACUAGGGGUUGGACAAGUUGUCGACCAGUAAUUAAUGAAAAAAAAAAAAAAGUAGUCAACGAGUCAUCUUUUCCAUAGUUAAAACAAAAAGGGAUUCAGGACAUUAAUAUUUUAGGCUGUUUUAUUAGUGCAGAGAA